AUGACUGUCAGUCAACCAAAUUUGAUUGAAGGUCUAUCAUUAUUAGCAUGGCGACUUCAACGAGAUGAUGAGUUAGAAAGUCGUAAAUCUACAACCAAUUUCUAUUGUGAACUUGAAACAACACCAACAAGUUAUGCGGCAUAUCAAUAUCCAUCAGCCGAUGAUUAUUGUAAUCCCAAAGCUGUUGAAGUUGAUUUAUGUUGUGAAGUUGAUGAGGAAGAUUAUGAUCCAUAUGAAGUAUUUUUGCGUAUCAAUACAAGACGUACAAGUGGUGGACAACGGACAUCAUUGACAUCUCACACAUCUACUGGUAGUGGAAAUUUUAGAAAUUAUAAUUAUGCAGAUGAUGAUACACCGGUUAAAUAUCCAUUUGCCAUUGGCUAUGUGGACCGACGAACGAAAACAAAUUCUACUGCAAAAUAUACGUACAAAAAUCGUGGUGGACAGUCAUAUGAGGAUGACCUAUCCGUACUGAAUGACGACUACAAACGACCAUAUCUACCUAUUCGAAAUGACAACACAGUAAGAAGUGGUCCGCAAUUUUCUCAAGGCGUAUCACGACCGUCCUCCGUACGUGGUCCAUAUCGUGGUUUUCGUGGAGGAAGAAGUGGCCGUCCAGCAGGUCAUUCACGCAAUGAGUAUCAUUCAAAACGUGUGACAUUUGCCGAUUAUUCUGAUGAGGAAGACGAGGAUGAAGAAAGUCUUGAUGUACCAUUGACAAGACGUAAGCCAACAAUGCGUUCAUCUGCACUCACUGCUGUUCAACGUUUUCGUGCAAUGAAAAAUGAAAAUGCAUAUGAUGAAGAUGAUGAGGACAUAGCACCAACAGUACAAGAAAUGGAUAUGUUAGAUUAUGAUGAUCUGGAUCGACCGACUCAACGGAAAACGAACAAUGAAACUAAACAAAUGGAUGAAAAGUAUAAAACUAAUCCGAAAUCAUCGUCGUAUAUUGGAAAUAUGCUCCCAAGCUUUUAUGAUCAAUUAUCAGAAUCAAAAAAAAUGCUUUUACAAGAUGCAACAAUUGAUUCGUCUUCGGCUGCACUUACAUCGCAAACAACAACAAAAUUGAAUGAAAAGACAAGUACGGAUGAGGCAACCAAAGCGGAUGAACAAAUAACGGAAACAAAUAAGCAACCGUCUGAAAAGACAGUAUCAGAAGAGAUAACAAACGAAGGCUCAACAAAUAGUCAACGUAAUCCACGAAAUGAGAGUGUAUUUAUAACUGAACAAGUGGAGGGACCAGGUGGUGAAGAAAUAAUUGAAGAAGAAACCCGAGUACAAUUUAAAACACGUCCAACGAAAGGCAAUGUUUCAAAAAUAAAUCAGGGCAACGAUGAAAGUAUGACUGCACUUGAUAACUCACAAUAUAGUCAACAAACUACAACAUCGAAUCAAUAUCGCAAUGAAAGACAAAGAGAAGAGGAUUUUGAUGAACCCCAUCGUGGUAGGUAUUAUAAUGAAGAUAAGAGAGUUAAUCGCGAUAUUCAUCGACAACGUAGUAAUAGAUUUCGUACAGAACAAGAUGAUGAUGAAAUUUAUUCUUCACAAUAUCGACGGGGUACUGGUGUUAGUCCUUCAUCAGUACGUCAGCGAUAUGACGACCAGAACAAUAUGAGAAGACGACCCUAUAUAAAUGAUGAUACUGGUGAUUAUCCGUUAAAUAAACGAUCACGUCCUACCGAAGGGAACUAUUAUAGUCAAUCACAACAACAACAACAAGUCAAAAAUAGUUAUUCUAUAUCGCCACCAGAUGAUCGACGACAAAGAUAUGGACAAGUACAAAGACCUCGACCACAUCUAGCACAGCAUGAUUAUGAUGACAAUGAUGAAGAGGAUUUAACAAUGCAUGGUCGAAUGAAGCAAGGAAAAAUAUUGGCAAAAGGACCAUAUGGAAAACAAACAUAUCGGGAAUCGUCGUAUGAUCGUGAAUAUACAAAGAGAAAUGAUCGUAUAUUACAAGAAUUCGAAGAACAAUAUGGUUUAAAAAUGGGAGAAAUGAGAGUAUUUACACCUAAAUUACGUUUACGUAUAUCAAAUGUUAAUGUAAAUUGGAUUAAUAUUCCUCCAGUACCAAAAUUACCAAAUAAAGUUCGUUAUACACAAUCGACAUCCGACAACUUUUGA